UAAUGAAUUUUUUCCUGGAUCCCGCUACCACUAAAGACAGAUUGCUACAAAGAAAUUUCUCUUCAACAUGAAGUGCUCGAUUUUUCUUAGUAUUGUAGUUUUAAUUGUGUUAACCGCCUUCAUCCAAGGUUCUCCUAUUAACGAAGAAAACGAUGCAAAUGUAAUGAGAAAGAACUCCCUGUUGGAAAAGCUUGGGAUGGAGUUACAGAGGGAUCCAUACUACAGUCCGUACAAAAGACGCUGUUAUUGCGGACCGAAACGGCGUCGUUACAGAAAACGCAAAGGAAAGAAAAGUUCAGGGUCUUCAAGUUCCGGGUCUGACUCCGAGUCCGGGUCGCCCGGUAAAUAUUACGGGGGAUACCGUAAAUACGGGAAAUAUGGAUAUGGGCAUUAUCGAACUCGAGGAAACCGUUCUUCGGACGAGGAGUAGGUGAGUAUCUCUUGUGUACUUCAGCCAAUUAGAAAGCAG